GGGAAGAGAAAUAAAUGGUAGAUAUCGUUAUCCUUCGUUUUUUGACCGUCUUGUUGAUAAAUGGGAAAAAGAAAGGAAUGAUAAAAUUCCUACAUUGAUGAAAAAGAUUGAAGGAAUACUAAACGAUCUUAUAGAUAAAAAUCUUAAAUGUGAGGGAUUGAUUGAAAGAAUACUAAUAGAUCUUAAAGAUAAAAAACUUACAAGUGAGGGAAUGAUUGAAAGAGUACUAAUACAUCUUCAAGAUAAAAAUCAUACAGGUGCGAAAAUAAAUGAAAUAAUGCUUAAAUUACUUCAAGGUGCAUAUGAUCAGAUACCUUUUGAAAGAACACGAGAAGAAAAAGAAAAGAAAGAAUAUAUUAGGCAGCUGUUUUUGAUGGUGUUGUUAAUCGUUAUAUUAAAGAAUAUAAGUGGGGAUAUCAAAUGCAGACAAACAAGUUGCAGAAAGUAUCCAUGUUUAAAUUCAAUUCUGUAUCUUCUUUGGCAAUCCGGUGAUGUUGAGGUGAAUCCUGGGCCUGCAAAUUCCACUACAUACAGAAACUGGUUGUAUGAGAUUUGUUCAAUUGUCCGUAAAGCCAUAGCAGGAGUUCCAGCUGAAUGCAAGAUGAAUAACAUUUGGAAGAAGAAACCAGAAAGCUGGCCACAUGGGGAAUUAUAUUUCGACCCAAGAAAUAGCAAAGGACUGACUGUGAAUAAGAUUGAGGACUUCCUCAAAAUUCUUAUAAAUUGUUGUGAUGAUACUAGCAAAUUAUCACAAGAGAUCAAUACUGAGAUAGAUACAUGGAAUUAUCAGCAGAGUAAGGACAAUGAUGAACUGUUACAUUUGUGUAGAAUGAGGAAGUGUCUCAAGUCAAUAGAACAGGUCAACAGAAGCUUGAAAGUAUUACAAAGUCAUUUAUUAGCUGAUGAAGUUCUGAUAAUUGAAGUUGAUACCUGUAUACGAAUAUCAUUAUCUUAUCAACCAACUACAGAUCAGCAACUUAUCACACACACAAUAUAUAGAUCCGAAGCCACCCGAAAGAUAGCAACUUUUCUGUGGAAAAUCUUACAUGGAAAAGACCCAGAAAAAAAAUAUGACAAUAUCUGGACAAAAAAGCCAGAUUGGUGGCCAUUGAAUGUUAGCUUUUACGAUCCGAACAAUGGAGGUAAACGAUGUGCUGAGAACGAGGAUGCCAUGCUUGUUGAAACAAUAAUUACAAAGUGUAAAGAAAAUGAAAUAAAAUUACAGCAACCAUAUAAAGAUAUUGUCGAGGCUUGGCUAGACGAUGACCAAACGUUGCUGUCAAAACUUAUGUCAAGGCAUACAGCUACAUCUGACCUAAAAAAGGCAAUAAUGAAAUUGCACGAAGACAGAUGUCUGAAAGAUUCAGAGGUUGACAAACAGUUAAGAGAGCUGGGUCUUCAUGUUAAAUGUGAUGGAAGUAUUCAAAAUGCUAAGUCACAAAAAAGGAAGAUGGCGAAUACAGUGAAAAAACAUGAAACCAAAAGAGCAAAACAGAGUGACCAUGAAGAUGCAGUGGACACUACACUGAAGGAAUUAUUACCUGACUGUUCAAUUGGUCAACUGUUAGACAACCAAAGUGAUUCGUUUCUGCUGGACAAGAUAAGUCAGAACAUACCAGAUUUCCUGGGAGAUGUAGCUGACGAUAUACAAUUUCACUGGACAUAAACUGUCAAAAAUACAAAGUAAUUUUGGCUGAAAGGUCCCUAAAUAUUUUGAUUUGGAAAACAGAUAUUGCUUAUAUAACAGUUUUAGUAAAAUGAAUACUUUGGAAUUGGUUAGGUUCACUUUUCAUGUAUCAUUUCAGUAGUAUUCUACUUUCAAAUAUAUGAAUGCUAUAUUAAUGCAAAACAAUAUGACAGGAUGGACAUCACAAACAUUAAAACCUGCAUUUAGAUAUUUUUUAUAGAAAUAUGCUACUAUAACAAAAAUCACAACUCAUUAAUUCCAAAUAACUGUUCAUUGUCGAAGCCCCACAUAUUGUUUUAUACAUAUGUAUGUGUGUAAUUGCGUUUUCAUAUUUUAUUUUUAAUGUAAAGUUCUGAACAACCUUAUUGGUCCACAUUUUUAAUAAACUUUUAUUUCAUGUCUUUUUCUAUCAUCCACAACAGUCCCAUUUAUAUGUAUAUAUGUAUAUAUAUAUUGUUUUAAUACGUAUUAUUAUUGACAAUAAAAGUUUUGUACAUAAA